AUGUUCGUUCUUGAUAUUAGGCAUUACGCCGCCACUUUACUCCACCCCAAAUAUCGAUCAUUAAAAGCUUGUUCGGCAACCGAACGUUCUGAAUGUUAUACUUAUGUUCGACAACAAAUACAACUGAUUUCAAUUGAACCAAAUGAAUCGAAUGAACAACAAACAAAUGAAUCAGUGAGAAAAAAAUUUAAAGGUGAUUUGUUUCAUCGAUUCGAAUCUGAUGGUUUUGAUGCUCAACAAGAAAUUGAAAAAGAAUCGACUAAUGACAGUGAAGAAUAUUCUUUUGAUGACAAAAAAAAGGAUGAACUUGAUAUAUAUUUGAAUUUUGAACUUGACAAAUCUAAGCUACCAUCAAACCCAUUAAUUUUUUGGAAGGAUCAACAAGAAAAAUUUCCCCGUUUAUCUCGUUUCGCUCGUUCAAUUUUUUCAAUACCAGCUACAAGUGCAGCAGUUGAAAGAGAAUUUUCAGGAGCUGGAUUAGUUAUACAGGAAAGACGCACUAAUCUUAAUCCUGAACAGUUGGACAAUAUUCUUCUUGUACGAUCGAUGCAAAAGUAUGAAAAACUUUUUUAA